AUGACUUCUCUAUGCAGUGGCAUAAUCGACGUUGCGGGCGACGAUGCAGCAGAGAAGCUUUGUCGAUGUUGCGAGCAACUUCUGCACACCACGCUACAUAAAGAAGCCUCAUCGAAAACGGAUUUCGCACCCAAAUUCCAUCAUUUCCGCUCCCUCCUGCAAAUCACCGCACAAAGAAUUGAGGCCAUUCUGGAAAAACCAUAUUUUACCCUAAUUCAUUAUCCCAGAACCGUGAAAAGUGACUUAAACCAUGGUUGCAAAGAAAGUGGUGAUGCUCAUGCUAUGGAAAUCGAUGGUCAAAUGAAGUUCAAAGAUUUCAAGCUGGAGGUAGCAGAGAUGUUCAACUGCAAUCUCAAGAUAUACGUAAUGAAUGAAGAAAUUGUUGAUCCUGAUGUCUCCAACAUGCCUGGCAGUAGGUCGAGUAGGACAACUUUGUCAGAAGCCCCUCCUACUGAUGCUUCCCCAGAUAUGAUUAUAAAUGACAUGAAUGAGCCUGAACUGCUACUUGAUCCCUCUUUCGAUGUGGUUGUUGAUACUAACCAUGUUGAGGCUCUUUUUGAUGUACCAACUGAAAGGCCCGUUCGUACUAAAAUGCCUGUACCAAUUUCAUUUGUUGGUUAUGAUGAAAAAGAUGCUAAAGCUGCAGAGCUGUGGCUGAACAUUAUUACUGGGGUGGGACAAAGGUUCAAUAGUGUAAAUGAGUUUCGCGAGGCAUUGCGUAAAUAUGCCCUGGCACAUCAGUUUGCUUUCAAGUACAAGAAAAAUGAUAGUCAUCGCGUAUCUGUAAAAUGUAAGGCAGAUGGAUCUGCACUGACAACUGGCAUUCAGGCAACAAGAAGUUGGGUUGCUAGCAUUGUGAAGGAGAAGUUGAAAGUUUUUCCCAACUAUAAGCCCAAAGACAUUGUUAAAGACGUCAAAGAGGAAUAUGGGGUACAGUUGAAUUACUUUCAGGCGUGGCGCGGAAAAGAAAUUGCUAAGGAGCAGCUCCAGGGUUCUUACAAAGAGGCAUAUAAUAGAGAGAAGGGACUAAAAGAGUCUAUUGCUGAAAUUUUUCAGAAUGAUGAUGUGUACCAUAGCUACUGUUUGACCCAUCUCUCUGAGCAAUUUAUCAGAGAUUUGAAGGGGCAGUUUUCUCAUGAAGUGAAGCGUCUUAUGGUUGAAGAUUUUUAUGGUGCUGCUCAUGCCCCUACCCCUGAAGGCUUCCAAAGAUAUAAUCACAUGACAUCAAACUUCGGAGAACUGUUCCAGAGUUGGUUAUCAGAUGCACAUGAAUUGCCAAUAAUCCAGAUGGUUGAUGCCAUCCGAGGUAAGAUUAUGGAGUUGAUUUAUACCCGGCAGACAGAAUCUAACCACUGGCAGACAAGAUUAACUCCGUCAAUGGAGGAAAAACUCGAAAAAGAAAACAUUAAAGUUAGAACCCUUCAGUCAGUACAUCCUGUUUCAAAUAUAGAUGGGCCCUGGCUGAAGGGCUCUUCUCAGUUGGCAGUGGCUGUAACCCCUCCUCCAACUCGUCGUCCACCAGGCCGGCCUACUACUAAGAAAAUUGGCUCACAGGAUGCAGCAAAACCUUUUGCUGGAAUGAUACACUGUGGUCGCUCUAAUGGUGAAUCAACAUCUUCGACCGGCAAUAUUUUCUGUCAAAUGAUGUUGAUAAUGGAAGGAGUCUGA